UCAGAUCACCUUGCCCGCAGCCCCUCCAGCCUGUACCCCUCCCUUGUGCUGAAGGACCAAUAGAAAUCAGUUUCUUUGGGAAAAGGCGGACCUACAAUGUGACAGGUCUCCAGCCGUACUCCACCUAUCAGCUGAGAGCUGCCUGCUUCAAUAAAAUGGGCAGCACUGCCUCCAACUGGACGACUGUUACCACACUCAGCGAAGCCCCCCAGUAUGUGUCUCCCUUCUCGGUGGGCAGCAACCUGACAGUCAUCUGUCUGGACUGGACCGAGUCCUUCUCCCUGAACGGGUACCUGAAGGAGUUCAGUGUGACCGAGAGCCAGCUGAGGGUCUACACCGGCUUCUACAGCUAUCUCCAUGUUCCACGCAUCUCGCAAAAAACUCUGUCAUUUCAGGUGACGUGUACCACAGACAGUGGCAGUGCCAGUACUCCCACCAUCAGAUAUAGCCCUGCCACAGGCCUAGGUCCUGUUGAGCCUGAAGACAGCGGUAAAGAAGGCAUCAGCAUGUCAGCGGCACCAGUGUACUCUGAGCUGUGGUUCAUCUUGUUGUUGUCUCUGCUGGGUCUGUUUCUGCUCGCCCUGCUGCUCGGCCUCCUGCUACAAAGAGCCCUGAGGAAGAAUCCCUCAGCCAGAGAGCGCCCCCCGCUGGUCAUGCUGCAGAAGAACAGGAAGGCUGGAGGAGAGAUGUACACGGGGUCCUGUCCUGAGUUGUGCUCUAAGCAUCUCUCCAGCUCUGUGUUCCUCCCUGACCGUCCCACAGGUCUGACAGACACGAAGAUAGUGGGCAGCCCCAUGUCUGUCCUGAGGGUCCCGAGCCAGACAGACCUGGCCUACUCCCAGCAUUCCUUGCACCGCAGCGUCAGUCAGCUGAUCGACAGGAAGUCACUGAUGAUGGAGGAAGGAAGCUGGGACAACCCACUGGGACAUGACUCUGGACUGUAUGUGGAGGAGGAUGAGUUUGUGGACGCCAUCAAAGCCUUAAGAUCUGGGAAAAAGGAGCACACCAUGUUCACUGACACUCAUCUUUAGAAACCCUAAAUCUCAUCAGGUAUCACAGUCACCAUGUAAACCAAGUUUUAAACCAAAACAUAAAUCCUAUGCGGUAUCAGCUGAAUACCGGGCUUUAGACAAUUAUCGACAAUGCUUGAGAUAUAAAGUCUUAAAUAUAAUGUAAGGGAAUUAUUCACCAUUGAUAAACAAUUAUUACUUUUCAUUUGAAACAUCUCAAUAUUGUGCUUCUACAGUGUUUAACAAAGUCAGAUUUAGACUCCUGAGGGGAAGGGAUGGUAAUGUUUACUUUACUUCCUCUUAAACUACUUUACACAGGUGUUUUACAAAACCGGUGUAUGACUCUCUGUUGGGACUAAUAGUCUGAACUUGAAUGAAGGAAGAGAUCCAACAUCCAUGAAAACAGAUCAGACAUGAACCCCGUCAGCUGAGAUUGCGUAGGUUAUGAGUCAUACAGCUGCAUAGUUUAUGAGUAGCCAUAUCUGGAUUGUAAUUAUACAAUAUCAUAUAUCUUAAAUCCUGCUCAGAGGAACCAGAUUGAGAGUUGUAAAUGAUUGUGUUACUGUGUCUGCUUGCCAACUGUUAGUAUAUUUUAAAGCAGAUUAGUUUUUCUCACUAUUUAAAUCUAAACCAGUCUCAAAUAAUAUCAAAGUUUUCCGUCACCUCUUCUGCUUCAUCACGUUAUUGUGCCUAGUUGUAAAAAGACACAUGGCCUUGGUGUUAGUUUUAUGGACAAAAAAAUGCCAACUGUUUUUAUUAUUAUGAAUGUGUUAAAAUGUGGCUGGGAAUCACAGAUGUGCCGUCAGACUGUUGUUAUUAUGUGAUGUGACUUGAGCGCCCGAUCUGAGAUUUCUUUUUACAGUAUCAGUAGUUGAUUUAAAUUGACAAGAAACGAUAUAUAGAGAGUUUAAGUUUUGUUUAAAUGUAGUGAAGCUGAAUGUGUUUGGUUUCAUAUUUCAUCUGUCAGUGUUAGUCAGAGUCAGUGUUGUUCAUCUGUGGCUUAAUUAGUAUUAUCAAGAAUGCAAUCAUCUUCAGAAAGAUAUACAGAUCUCAGCUACUUCCUGUGUUGGUGUUACAGCAGGAAUGAACCCUGGGUAUUUGUGGACUCCACAGAUUAAGCCUUUUAAUGUUCAGAAGCUAAACAUGAUAGAAACAGUAUUUAUCAGAAUGUUGCAUUUCUGUGUAACGUUGAUGUCUUAAAUUGAAGCCUUCUGUAUUGUUAUAAUAACAUUUUCUUUUUUUACACUGGCAGUAUUAUUUAUGGUUGUUGUACAAAAAAAGGC